CUAUACUUACCUAUUGUGUACGGUAGUUUUGCACAGAGCAGCCUGGAUCCUCCUCUUCUUGGGUCCCUGCAGGCUCUCCUGGCUCUUCUUGUCUGUCGGGUGCCUCCACAGCAAGCAGCUUGCUAUGGGGGCACCCGCUGCUCCGUGUGUCCAUUCACACACAAAGCCAUGCCAAUGAGGAGGCAAAGACCCAGGGCAGAAGAGGCUGUCAUUCACAUCACUGGAUCUCGAUGAUGCACAGGUAAGUAUUGAGGGGGCUGGGGGCACUGCUGCACACAGAAGGUUUUUUACCUUCAUGCAUAGAACGCAUGAAGGUAAAAAACCUUGAGCCUUUACAACCACUUUAAU